AUGUUCAACGAUACUGGCUUUGGAAACCUGGACACAAAUGUUUCUCUACAGUCUCUCUAUCUCAGCCACAACCGCAGUUCGUUCCCUGCGCUUCGCCUCGAGUACAAAUCUCUGGUGACUUCAGCUACAAUGUUUGCCGUGGGAGUCUUGGGAAACCUCAUCGCCAUAGUCGUGCUGUGUGUCUCUAAAAAAGAGCAGAAAGAAACAACUUUCUACACUCUGGUGUGCGGGAUGGCCAUCACGGACCUGCUGGGUACAUGCUUCACCAGCCCGGUGGUUAUUGCCACAUAUGUGGCCAGUCGCUGGCCAGGAGGAGUUCUGCUUUGCCACUUCUUCUCCUUCUCCAUGCUUUUCUUUGGCUCUGCUGGUAUGUCCAUCCUGUGUGCAAUGGCUGUGGAGCGCUACCUGGCUAUAAACCAUGCAUAUUUCUACUCUCAAUAUAUAGACAGAACAAUGGCGCGGUUUGCGCUCCUGGUCACCUACUUGGCCAACAUUGUGCUUUGUAUCAUGCCUAGCUUUGGCUUCGGUCAGCACGUCAGGCACUUCCCCGGGACUUGGUGCUUUUUAGACUGGAGGGCGACAGAUCCGCUCGGUGCUUGUUACUCGUUUCUGUACGGGGGCGUAAUGCUGGUGCUUAUCGCAGUCACAGUUUUGUGCAAUCUGGCGGUGUGCAGGUCUCUAGUCGGGAUGAAUCAGAGGACGGGAAUUGUGAGGACUGAGAUGUGUGAUCAGGGCAGCUCCCGUCGACGCUUCCCCCGGCUGCCAUCGGUCACCUCAGCAGUGGAGAUCCAAAUGUUCUGGCUUCUGAUCUUCAUGACCAUCGUAUUCCUCGUCUGCUCCAUUCCUUUGGUGGUGCGAAUCUUUGUGAACCAACUUUAUGAUCCGGACUACAUUUCUGCCGGGGGCAAGCCUGACUACCGGAGUGACCUACUGGCAAUCCGCUUCGCCUCAUUCAACCCUAUACUUGAUCCCUGGGUGUACAUUUUAUGCCGGAAGAAUCUCCUGCUGAAGGGUUGCGAUAAGCUCAAGACAGCAGUUGCGAAGGCUAAGGGUGAUAACGGCAACAACAUCGGCUGGAUGGAGGAUCAAAACUCCCCCCCAUCUUUACGCAGCAACGAAACAAGUUACGCGUCAUUUCGCACAGCAAGCUAUAAGAACGACUUAGGACAUCAGCUGUCCAUAAAGACCAGAUGUUUUACAGACUUCGCACUGAGACAAGCGUGGGAGUACGACACUGCUCGGGCCAACUUUCAUCCCUUCAGCGUCGAAACAACCGCAAUUAUUGGUUGCGAGGAGGAAACAGAGCAUUCCAAGCGCGACAUUGCAGAACAAACCUCUCCAGAGACCGGUGGGGUUACCCACAUUAGAAGAGCAGACACUGUCACCUGCACGUUCAGCACAAGCUCGAGCCAGUCAGUGAAUUAGAUCAAUCUUUGACGUCCAAAAGUUCACAUAUCUGCACAUCAGUGCAUCUAGUGAUGCACCGCGAGGUCCCUCUAUCGCUGACUUAUGGGUUGACUAUUUUACAAAAUGAAUAAUAUAAUACACUCUGCAUAAUACAUGACUAAUUUUGUUCACACUACGUCUAAAUGCAACUGAAACCGAACCAAACCUGACACAUUAUUAUUUUUUUAUCAAAGAAAAAAAAAACAUGUUUUUUUCCUGGAGGUGUUCAAGUUAACAAAAGGUGGAACGAUACAGGUAAUCAUCUUAGAUAAUCCAUUUUACAGUCCGUAACUGUACUGUGCAAUCCGUGUAUUUGUCCCAAAUUGCUUGUUGGAGUGUUUUCCUUGUAAAAAAAACAUCACAGCCUUGGUUUCGAUUCUGGAUAAACAGGAAGAGUUAUGGGAAAAUGUAAUUUAAGAGGACAAUGAUUCAAAACACAGCAUACAAUCUGCAACAGAAUGGCUGAAGCAAGGACACCACUUCAUUUUAGAGUGCUUGAAAUGCCGUGGUGGGAUCUCUAGAUAUAAUUUUCCAUCGCGUACUCCUCCAUGUUGGCUUUUUUGUUUGAUAAAUGACAAACUGUACUAUGUCAUAUGCUGCUAAAGUCAAAUAUUACUUUAUACCCUAUGGGUACAAUUAAAAGUGUUUUAUAUGCAAACAAAAAGCCAGUUUGUGCAAUUGCUAAUUAAGUUUACCCAUUAAAUGUUUUUGAUAGACUGUA